UUGGCCUCCAAAAGUGCUGGAUUACAGGCAUGAGCCACCAUGCCUGGCCCUGGAGCAUUGUAUUUUAAAAAGAACCAUACUGGGCAGGAUUUAAAUAUAAUGGAUGAUUUCUCUUAAUAGGUAAAAUAUGAAACUUUCCCAUCAAUCUUAACUCUUAUGAACAUGUAACCACUCAGUACAUCUCAUCUACAAUUCUUCAAUCCAUUGCUCCUUUGUGAGUUUCAACAUUGCUUACUUCAGUGGUCCUCCUUCCUUGGAUGGCAUAGAUUUAUUCAAGAGCAGUUUUGAGCAUUUACUGUGUGCCAAGCUUUGUUUAAGAAGCUCUGGAGGAUAUAAGUUAUGGAGAUAGAUAUAAAAAGCUAAAAGGAAAAACGUAUUGAGUGCUGUUGGGAAUGGGAAGAAGAGUGUGGAGUUAAAAUUGACCAGAUCUUACCAAGAUUGGCCAUAAAAGAGGUGAUUUGAGUCAGAUAACACUGGGAAGUCAUGACAUGGGAGAAGAUUUUAUCAUUCAUACGAAUGUAGAGCCGGCUGCAAGGUGUGAGGUGAGUGGAUGGCUGGAGCAGGCCAUUGAGAAGGCAAGUGGUAGAGUGUCCGAGAUAAAGGUCGGGUCUGAUAGAGUACUCUACCAGAGUCGGGUUGAAAUGAUCCCCAGAGAUUAAAAAACAAAAACAAAAACAGAGCUGAAUCUUUAAUAUUAAGGGGUAUUUAAUUUCAGUGAGAAAGAGAAAAGAAAAUAGUCAGAGGAGCACCACCGAGAGUGAACAGUGAAACCACAGGCAGAGGCAGGAGUUUCAGUGCAGUUGGUUUGCAGAGAGCAAGAAAAUGAAAGAUGACAUCGUUGGGGCAGCACUUUAGCCUCUUAUUUUGCUCCAGCCCUGCUCUGAAGGGGAGACCAGGUGAUGGCAGCCAUGCUCCUGACAGCCUGGUCCCAGGGCCUGAGCCAUGGAAUUGGCCCUAGGGCAGCAGGAACCUGUUGUUUCAGAAGUCGGUGACCUUCGAGGACGUGGCUGUGUACUUCACGCAGACGGAAUGGGAUGGCCUAUCCCCUGCACAGAGGGCCCUGUACAGGGAUGUGAUGCUGGAGAAUUAUGGGAAUGUGGCCUCCCUGGGAUUUCCACUUCUCAAACCUGCUGUGAUCUCACAACUGGAGGAAGGAGGUGAGCUGCGGGGCCCCUCUCUGCUGGCCACCGGAAUAGGAACAGGCCCCCAGGGCCUCUGGACUGUAGGUAUUCAGACUGACAAUAAUUUGACAAGGGAAAUGUGUGAAGAAAAAGAUUAUACAUCACUUGAACUUCAAAGGGAAUUUUCCCAGGAAACAGACUUCUCAGAAGCCUAUAUUCUAGAGAAACGACAAGCAAUCCACUCAGCAGGAAAUAUGAAGAAGGAAAAGAGCAGUGUCAUUGAUGGAACAGUGAAAAAUGAUGCAAGCCCCAUGGAGGAUUUUUUCUUAAGUCAAAGUUCAAAUUUGUAUCAGUGUCAUGCCAUCUCCACUGGAGAGCAGCCCCCCGUGUGUACAGAACUGGAGAAAGCCUUCAGCUUUGACACAAAACUUAUUAAGCAUGAAAUAAUUGAUUCUGGAGAAACACCUUUCAAAUGUGAAGAAUUAGUGGAAAACUUAAGCUAUGACUCUCACCUUAUUCAGCAUCAAGAAAGCCACACCGAGGAGAAGGUUUAUCAGUGCACAGAGUGUGGCAAAGCCUUCAGUGUUAAUGAAAAAUUAAUUUGGCAUCAAAGACUUCAUAGUGGGGAAAAACCCUUCAAAUGUGUGGAGUGUGGGAAAAGCUUCAGCUACAGUUCCCACUAUAUCACGCAUCAGGCAAUCCACAGUGGGGAGAAGCCUUAUCAGUGUAAGGUGUGUGGGAAGGCCUUCAGUGUUAAUGGGAGUCUAAGUAGGCAUCAGAGAGUCCAUACGGGAGAGAAACCCUAUAGGUGCAAGGAGUGUGGAAAUGGCUUUAGCUGUAGUUCUGCAUAUAUUACACAUCAGAGAGUCCACACUGGGGAGAAACCUUAUGAGUGUAAUGACUGUGGGAAAGCUUUCAAUGUUAAUGCAAAAUUAAUUCAACAUCAGAGAAUCCAUACUGGAGAGAAACCUUAUGAAUGUAAUGAGUGUGGAAAAGGCUUCAGGUGCAGUUCUCAGCUUAGGCAGCAUCAGAACAUCCAUACUGGAGAGAAGCCCUAUCAGUGUAAAGAGUGUGGAAAGGCCUUCAAUGUUAAUGCAAAAUUGAUGCAACAUCAGAGAAUCCACACCGGUGAGAAACCCUAUGAGUGCACUGAAUGUGGAAAAGCUUUUGGUGUCAAAGGGAAAUUAAUUCAGCACCAGAGAAUCCACACAGGUGAGAAACCCUAUGAGUGCAGCGAAUGUGAGAAGGCCUUUAGGUGCAACUCCCAGCUUCGGCAGCAUCUGAGAAUCCACACUGGGGAGAAGCCCUAUGAGUGUAACGAGUGUGGAAAGGCCUUCAGUGUUAAUGCAAAACUAAUGCAGCAUCAGAGAAUUCACACUGGGGAGAAACCCUUUGAAUGCAAUGAAUGUGGGAAAUGCUUUACUUCUAAAAGAAACCUAUUUGAUCAUCACCGAAUCCAUACUGGAGAAAAGCCCUAUCAAUGUAAGGAAUGUGGGAAAGCCUUUAGUAUUAAUGCCAAACUAACUAGGCAUCAGAGAAUACACACUGGGGAGAAACCUUUCAAAUGUAUGGAAUGUGAGAAGGCAUUCAGCUGUAGUUCUGACUAUAUUGUGCACCAGAGAAUCCAUACUGGAGAGAAGCCCUUUCAAUGUAAGGAAUGUGGAAAAGCCUUCCAUGUUAAUGCCCACUUAAUUCGACAUCAGAGAAGCCACACUGGGGAGAAACCCUUUAGAUGUGUGGAGUGUGGGAAAGGCUUCAGCUUUAGUUCUGACUGUAUUAUACAUCAGACAGUCCACACUUGGAAGAAACCCUAUGUGUGUAAUGUGUGUCGGAAAGCGUUCAGGUUUAGCUUCCAACUUAGUCAGCAUCAGAAUGUCCAUAGUGAAGGAAAAUCCUAAUAACAGUCCACAUUUGUAUAAUGUGUGUUGGAAAGCCUUCAGGUUUAGCUUCCAACUUAGCAUCAGAGUGUCAAAUACUAAUAAGAAAGGUGUAGAAAACUCUUAACGUUAAUGCCAAAAUGAAUCAAGUAUCAUCAAAUUCACCAUCAUGGAAUACCCUGAGAGGGAAAUGAAUAUGGCAAAGUUUUCACAUGGAAACAAAUCUUUUUUUUUUUUAAUUCUAUUUUGAAUCAGGAAAAGAUGACCAGUUAAAAAGAAACAUCCAAAAAUAAAUAGCUUUGUUUUGUGCCAACAAGAAUUAGAAAAUAUAAUGAAAGAAAAUAUCCUGUCCCUAGCAGCAUCAAGAAAAGUAGAUUUUCUAGGAUUAAACAAUGAUCAUGGCAGACCUAUGUGGGGAAAUUAAAAGUCUUCUCUGAGGGUGAUGAAAGGAAACUUGAAAAAAUGGAAAGAGAAAUCUCGUUCUUGGACAGGAAAACCCAUAUUAUAAAGAUAAUCGCUCUACUUAAAUUAACUUAUUUCUGUUUAGUUUUUUAAUAAUAAGCAUGCAAUACUUUUGUAAAGAGGAAAAAUAAAGAUUUCUUUAAAAAAGGAACAAAGACACGAGUAAAUAUUUUUAUUUUCAUGGAAUAGAGAAAAACUUUCUAAGUGUCAGAUGAAAGCUAGAAACCAGCCACAGGGAAUAUAUUGAUAAAUUGACUACUCAAAACUAAAUAUUUCUGUAUGUUUUCAUUUCAAAUAAUCCCAAAUGAGGUUAAAAGAUAAAACGUAAAAAGCAGAAAUACCUUUAUAAAAUUUGUGAU